CGGUGUCUUACAAGAGUUUGACAGGCCCAAACAGUGCCACAGGUACACAACCAGAUCUCUCUCUCUCUCCAUAAGACCGUCGUUCUCUCUCGCUCACAAAGACUGAAUACUUCAGAAGGAAAACCGUUCAUCUGUCUGGGUCAUAUUCAGCAUCUCUGCAUUGGAUGAUGGUCCUUCAGGCCAGCAGUGUCAUGACUAUGAGUGUUGAAAACCAGUUACCUUCCACAUGGACAACCCACUACAGCUGCCCUGAUGUUUCCACGGUGACGUCCAGUUACACGGGUCGUCUCUGGUCUCAAGAUCUUCACCCACAGAACUGGUCAAAGUAUCAGGUCUGGGAAUGGCUCCAGCAAAAUUUGGACAUGCACCAGAUCGAUGCCACCAGCAUUCCCUUCCAGAACUUCGACCUGGACGGGAGACAGCUUUGCAACAUGGACUACCAAGACUUCACGCGGGCGGCCGGAUCCGUCGGUCCCAUUCUUUUCCAAAGCUUGGCUGAAGUCAAGUGGAAUGUUCAGUAUGGUCAAACAGAUUUGUUCAUGCAGGGGGACAUUAAAACAGAAAUUGAUGUAGAGUUUCCCUGUUCGAUGCCUCCCUUCAAAGAAGAGCCCAGCUUUUACAGCACAUCAGAACUGUUUGACCUCAAAAGCUCACUCCAGCCCAACACCAUGUUGGCCUCCCCAGCUCCUUCAAGCCCAGAUCCCAAGCGGUCACGCGGUCGCACCAAUCAGGUUAAAAGACACAACCCUCGCGGGACGCACCUGUGGGAGUUUAUCCGAGACAUCCUGUUGUACCCGGAGCGUAACCCGGGGCUUAUCAAAUGGGAGGAUCGUUCAGACGGGGUGUUUCGUUUUCUCAAAUCCGAAGCCGUGGCUCAGCUGUGGGGAAAGAAGAAAAAUAACAGCAGUAUGACCUAUGAGAAGCUCAGCAGGGCCAUGAGGUAUUAUUACAAGCGAGAGAUCCUGGAGCGGGUUGACGGACGCAGGCUCGUCUAUAAGUUCGGCAGGAAUGCUCGAGGAUGGAGAGAGUCUGAAAAGUGAAGGACUUUGAGUUUUGAGCUUUCAUGUAAAAAAGUUUAUUUAUGACAUUAUGGCAGUUUGAGUUAGUUCUUUGAUGCUGUUGUGUUUAUAAGAAUCGUUCACUUGUCUGUGACUUUGUUGUUUGAGAUUAUUUUCUAGUUUCGUAGAAAAGUGCCUGACACUGAAAUGGAAAUGAAGACGCUUUUCAUGUUGUUUACAUUUGCAUGUCAUUUACAUGUUACACUCAUUUAUUUGAAUUUGAAUGUACAUUUAUGUACCCGUAAUGUGAAACGCUGUUUGCUCAUUAAAAAUGUUAGAAAUUGUUAAAAAUGUCGUUUGACUUGAAUACUACCUGUACCUAGAAUGAACUCUUGCAAUAUAGAGAAGAUGUUCCUUCAACCAGAUAAAGAUCCUUAAAGGGAUAGUUCACCCAAAAAUAAAAACUCUGUCACAUUCUCUUGUUAUUUCAAACCUGUAUGACCGAGUAAAUGAUAACAGAUUUAAAUUUUGGGGGUAAACUAUCACUUUAAUAGCAGGAGAAAGACACAUUUAGAAGAUUCUUGGUAAAAGUAAAGGAGAAAUUAUGAAGGAGCAGUCAGUAAAAAAACUACUAAACCAAUAGCCGGGUCACGUUUUAUUUUUUAUAAGUUUUGUAGUAUAAAUGUAUGACAAACCACGAGUCAACAUGUUUUUUUUUCUGUACAUAAGCUGAGACUACAUUCAUAAAAGCACUAAUAAAAUCAUUUAAAAAAUU